CUCAGGUUGUUUCCAGGGGGAGAACUCUGCAGAGAAGAGACAAAGUUCAACAGGACAACAAAGGAGCAGCAGAAACAGCCAGGAAAAGGAAGAGCCCUCACAUUUUCACACAGAACCCCCUAUCAGAGUUCUCAAAUCCUAAAGUAUUCUGCAAAGUGCCACUUGACGGGAACUUUUCACCUGCCUUUUCCUUUCUCCAACCACCAUGACGGAGAUCACUGCUGAAGGAAAUGCGUCUACUACCACCACAGUGAUAGACAGCAAAAAUGGAUCUGUGCCCAAAUCCCCUGGGAAAGUUCUGAAGAGGACAGUCACAGAAGACAUAGUGACAACAUUCAGCUCCCCAGCAGCCUGGCUUCUGGUCAUUGCUCUGAUAAUCACAUGGUCAGCUGUUGCUGUCGUUAUGUUUGACCUAGUGGAUUACAAAAACUUUUCAGCAAGCUCUAUUUCCAAGAUUGGCUCAGAUCCUCUAAAACUUGUACAUGAUGCUGUGGAAGAAACCACCGACUGGGUCUAUGGCUUCUUUUCUUUGUUGUCUGACAUCAUCUCGUCUGAGGGUGAUGAAGAAGAUGAUGAUGGGGAUGAGGACACUGAUAAAGGAGAAAUAGAGGAGCCUCCCUUGAAACAAAAAGAAAUACACAAAGACAAGACUGAAAAGCAGGAGAAACCUGAAAGGAAAAUAGUACCUAAAGUUACACACAAAGAAAAACCAAAAGAAAAAGAAAAAGCUGAAAAGAAAGCAACUCACAAGGAAAAAAUUGAGAAAAAAGAAAAACCAGAAACAAAGACAGUGGCAAAAGAAGAGAGGAAAACAAAGACCGAAGAGAAGAUUAAAAAGGAAGUGAAAGGUGGGAAACAAGAGAAAGUGAAGCAAACAGCCGCAAAAGUCAAAGAAGUACAGAGACCAUCACCUAAGCCUAAGGAGAAGGAGGGAAAAGAGACCGCAGCUGUGUCCAAGCAUGAACAGAAAGGACAAAGCCCAGCCGUACCACCUCCAUUACCAACAGAACGAGCUUCCAGACCCACUCCGGCAUCACCUACUCCUGAAGGCAAGUAUUUUGUGUUUCCAAAGUUCUCCUCUAUUAUAGAUAAAGUAGAAUGCAGAGAAACAAAAAACAAUAGUAACAGCAGAAACAAAAAAUCCAUAUUUUCUUAAAUAGUGUUGGUACAUCUAAGCUACAGUUUCCUUUCCCUGAAAUUACAACUUGCUGUCUUUUGGAAAACCAAAAUUUUUCCUCUUAAGAUUUUAUACUGGUGAUCAUCAGCUUCCAGAAGAAUGACCAGCUUCAUGCUCUGGAAAUCAAGCUAGAAAGUACAGAGACAAAUAGUCAAGGAUAUGUCAGGCAACUCAUGCAGUUUUACCACAACUUGACCAAUUUAGUGUCUUUAUGACUCUAGGACAGAGUUUCUGGGUUUAAAUCUGAGUUUCACCUCUUACUAGUUUUGUACAUUUUCAUUUACUUAAACUCACUCUUCAUGAGUUUUAUCACCCAUGAGAUGAGUUGAAAAUAGUACUGAGCUCAUAGAAUUAGUGUGAGGAUACAAUGGUGUGUAUGUGUGUGUGUGCCAGUUUAUAAGCACUUUAUAAAAUUAAUGACUAAGACUGCUGCUAUUAAUUAGUUCUUCAAAAUAUGGUGUUUGGGGAUUGGCAAAAUUAGGGGAGGCAAGUGUCAUCACAAUCAAUUUUUCAAAAGCAUUUGUCUUCAUUUAUUCAUUCAACUAUCAUUUAUUAAAUUCCAACCAUGGGAUCACAUCAGGUAUUGCCCAAAGUACUGGAGAUUCAAAGAUUAAUAGAAAAUAGUUCCUGUCCUACCAAGACUCAGUUUACAGGUGUAAAAUUAAAAGUAAUUAAAGAGGAGUCAGAUAUAAAACACAAAGAAUUAAAGCCAAGUGCACCACUACUUUUUUGCAAGGGUACAGAUGGAGGUCUCCUUCAGACCAUCAUAGCACCCCUUCCACUCCUAGCUCUGUCAAACACUGAAAAGGACCUUCUGUGUGUGUGUGUGUGUGUGUGUGUGUGUGCGUGUGUGUGUGUGUGUGUGUGUUUAUGGACACAGACUGCUUACCCAGGUUCCACACCCAUCUGUCCAGCAGCUACCUGUCAACUUUGCUCACCCCAUGAGUUCAGCAUGCCCAGAGAAAGAACUGUCUCGCAGAAAAAAGUCAGAGUCCUAGGACCUGAAGUAUAAGAGAGGAAAAAAUUUCAGGUGGACACAUCCUGUCAUCCCCACAGACCCUUAGACCUAGGGCAGGAUGUAGCCAGAGGAGGGCCCAUAGAGCCCUGUAAAGCACAGAACCUACGGGAGGCACCUUGGUUGCUGGGUUCUAAGAGUUGUGGUGAUUACCACCCUAAGAUAAGAACCAAAAUAGAAAUCAGUGCUGAGUACCGUGGAAGCUUAAAGAAGGGAGGGCAUAGCUCUGCUUGGAAGAGGUGAGGAGAAUUCCAGGAAAGGCUUCUCUGCAGAAGUGACUGUGGAGCUUAAAUCCCAAGAAUAUGGAAGAAUACGCAAGGAAGGCAAGAACAUUACCAACAAAAGAAUUGGCAUAUGCAAAAACAUGGAGAUAAGAAAGAAAGAGGUUUUGUUCAGAUACGCCUAAGUACUUCAUCCUGGAGAGAAAGAAGGCAGCAUGAAGAGGGUCUGGGACAGAUGAAAGGGCAUGCAAAGGACAGAUCACGAAGUGCCUUAUAGGCUAAGCUUGGGAUUUAUAUUUAUCUUUAAAUUUUUGUUAUAAAGCAUUGAAUAGUAAAAUAAAUCAGCAAUAUACGCAGCCUGCAGAUACAUUUAUCAACAUUCUCUAUUCUUACUUAUCCAAACUUUCUUUUCUUUCCUUUUUUUCUUCCUUUUUUUUACUGCUUAUAUUUUUAUUACUUUUGCAGAUCUCUGAUAUCAUGCUAUUUCAUCCAGCUAAGGAAUUUUUAUUUCCUUUAAAAAUUUUUGACAUGUUUACAUGGUUCAAAUUUUAAAAAUUACAAAAAUGAUGUAAGCUAGUGGAAAGUUACCCUUCUGGCCCUAUGCACUAACUACACAGUUCUCCUUGUAGGCAACCAAUGUUAGCUCCUUCCAGAGAUAUUCUGUGCAUAUACAGGCAAAAUAUUUUCACCUCAGCUAAGUAAUUUUUUUUUCUAUAGACGAUAAGGAAUUUCCCAUAGAUGAGAUAGAUAUGUUCAUUUUAAAAGGACAAUUUGACUGCCAUCUUGCUGGUCUAGACAGGUGGUAUGAGAGUGACUGCAGACACUUGAGAAGAGAAUAGUCCAACUAAGUUGUAAUGCAAGCACUUAACAGUGAUGUAAUGGUUGUAGAGAGCAGGUAGAUCGGAAAAGUACCUGGAAAGGGAAUCAAUUGGUUAAAGUAUCUGAUUACUAUACAUGCAGAGAUGCAACAAGUAAUUAAAAUGACUCCGGCUUUCUGAAUUAGAUAUCGAGGUGGACAGAGGUGCAGUUAACUAAGAUGGGAAACCACUGAAAUAAAACAGGCCUGGUGAGGAGAAGCAGGAUGGUCAUGGGUUUAGGACAGACUGGUACACGACAGUUUCACAUGGGCUUCCAGGUAGAAUUACUGAGCAGACCAUGCUAAAUUGGCACAUGGAACUCCAGAAAAUAUUAUAUGGCUGUUAUCUGGAAUUAUAUACUCAUGUAAGAUGUCCUUUCCUCUAUGCCUUACUUAUCUUCUAUCCCCCAAACCCCAUCCCCAGAUGAAGCUCCAUAAUGAGGAGGAAAUGUCUGAGAAGUUCAGUUCAUUUCAUGUAUCCAAACCCCUCUUUCAAAGGGGACCAGGUCUUAUUGAACAUUUCUUGUUACCUAGAGGGAUUGUGGGAAUUCUGUGUCUCUGAAAAUAGUGAUUUACAGCCUGUGCUCUAGAAUCACACAGAUCUGUAUCCAAAUUCUGAUUUUGCCAUUUUCUACCUGGAGGAACAAAUGCAAUAACUAAACUUUUAGCCUGUUUAUUAGUAAAAUACUGAUACUCAUAUUACCUGUCACAGAGAGGUCUUCUAAAGACAGAAUAGAGCUACAAAUAUUUCAAUUAUUAUUACUGUGUUUGAUAUUCAUAAACUUAGGAAUUCUCCUUCAACUGCAUUUUAUUGAUUUAAGACAACUUUUCACAAAGAAUAGUUUGCAGAUAGUCAGCACCAAAAUCAACUGUGAAGCUUCUUAAAAAUUCAUAUUCCCACCAUAUCUUAGACCUAACAUAUCAGAUUCUCUGGUAAUUCAGAGAGGAAAGAAAUCUCUAUUUGUAUCAAGCUCCUCAGUUGAAUCUUAUACACACUAAAUUUUGAGAACCUUUGGUUUACGUCCAUGUGUAAAAAAACCUUACAGAUGCAACAAACUGUUUUACACCAAACACCUAAACUUGGUAGCCUGUUUCAAAUAGUCUUUUCUAUUUUGUUUUAAUUAAAUGAAAUUAAUUAAUUUAAUUUAAUCCGAAUGCCUUGGUGAGAGAUGCAUUAUCCAAUUGACUACAGACCAAACGAUCCUUUUGGCUAUACAUUUAUAUUUCACACAGCUAAUAGCCAGGGAAGGAUUUGGGUAGCUGGGCAGGUGAUGUUUUCCUUUGGUUGUGUUCUGAUAUCAGCAUGUUCUAUGCACCUUCUGUCCAGAUCCUGACCAAGUCACACCUGCAGUUAUGCUCUCUGCAACUCAUAUUUAUUUAGAAUAUUAUGUUUUCUGUACUUACAUGAAUUUUACAUUUGAUAUUUCAAAACCUUGUAAAGUACACAUUAUUAAGGAUUAACAAAUGUAGGUUUGAAAUUUAUUUAUUUAUGCUAAGUUAGUAAAUAGCAGAUCUGUGUUUCCAGCCCAGAAUUUCUAGUUCUAUGCCCAAGGAUCUUUCUCAUAUACUGCUAUGAAGACAUCAACAUUUGAGGCUCCUACCUUCAUGUCUUCUGAGGCCUCAACAAGUUUUGGAAGAUGAAGAUAUAAAGUGUUGUGCUUUAGAUUUCAUGAAGUUCUGUGAUAGAAACAUCAUGUUCUGAUCUUAGUAUAGAGAAACCUAGCAAUGCUUCUUAAAAUUUAGUGUGCGCACAAAUCUCCUAGGGCUCUUGUGAAACUGUAGAUUCAAAUUUGGUAAGUCUAGUGUGGGGCCUGAGAUUCUGCAUUUUUACCAAGCUCCCAAUGUUUGCUGAUGCUUCUGGUCUAGGACUCCAUCUCAGUAGCAAAUCCCUAGGUGAUUUAGAGGGAAGUGGAGAGCAAUUAAAUAUUUCUAAAAAUGCUUUUAAUUUAGUACUAGUCACCUAAAUGACCUGUAAUUGGCCAAAUGUCCUUCAGAAUGACUAAAAUGUCACCCAUGGAGAAAUUUUGACUGCUACUUGUCUGGGAAAGAACAAUAGUUUUCAAGUCAAGUACCUAAGCAUUCUAGAAAGGCUUGCAAGAGAGCAAGAGAAAUGCCAGUGGGAAUGGGGGGAAAGGUUACAUUAUACUUGCAAAUUAUAAUAACCUAGUGUACAGUAUGUAAAAUAUUUUGAUUUGGCCAGCUACACAAAUGGAAUGAACUAGUAGCUUUAAGCUUUAAAUAAAAUCCUGUAUCAUCUGUUAAUCAGUGGUAUAUCAAUACCCAUCUAAAAAAAAAAUGAUUUUUUUUGGUCAUUAGAGAUCACAAUUUAAUGUAAAGUACAUGUAAAAUCUUACUCCAAGACUCCAAAUCAACAAUGCUUCCUGAAUUUUUAGAGAACAGUCCAGGACUAGUCCCAGGUUUGAAACCUUUGUCUCCCAUCCAAAACUGCCGCACACACAUUUUAUUGGGUCCACACAAGUUUUCUACGUACUGAUUUUUAAGUGUGGUCAUCUUGAAUAUAGGGAGUUUCUCAUUGUUUCCAUCAACUGCCACACCUCUGUUUCACCCAUUCACUCAUUUGGCUCUUGAUGUCAUUUCUGUGUGUGACCAUUAUGUGAAGACAAUUCCUCUCGAUAUUAUAAUUUCUUAAAUUCCUGAUCAGCACUGGAUGUCUUGGUUUGCAAGAGCUGCCAGACAAAACACAACAGAUCAGGUAGCUUACGCAACGGAAACUUCUCAUAGUUCUUUAGGAUGGAAGUCUGAGAUCAGAGUGCCAUGAUGGUCAGGUUUCUGGAAAAAGCCCAUGUCCUGGCUUGUAGACAUCUACUCAUUGCUAUCUUCACAUGGUGAAGAGAGAGCUCAAGUGGCUCUUCCUGUCCUUGGGACACAGUUCUAUGGGAUCACGGCUCCUCUCUUACGACCUCAUUUAAGCUUAAUUACCUCCUAAAGGCCCCAUCUCCAUCCAGUACAGUCAUAUGGGGGUUAGGGCUUCAUGUGUGUAUUUGGAGGAGACACAAUUCAGUCCUUAGCACUUGGUAACCUCUGAGCCUCAUUAUUAGUAAAUUAGCCGCUUAAAUGUUUACCUUAUACAAUUAGAGUUGUUUAAAUAUUUCUUUUUGCGUAGUUGAUGAUUUGCCUUUGCAUUUCUAUUAUAUGUGGUUUCUCACCAGUAUAAAUUCCCAACUUGUAUCAUCUUUUGCAUAUGCUUGAUAUUGAUAGGAGUUAAAUAUUUUUAAAAAUGUCCUAACUGGACUCAAAUGUAACUGAGUUAUACUGAAAAUAAUAAAACCAAAACUGAGUAAACUCAUCACUAGCAAUUAUUGUAUAUCAUUUACCUAGCUAGUAAGCAGAUUAUUUAGAAAAAAAUGCUCAGAACUUGAGAGAGAGACAGAGAGACAGAGACAGAGAGAGGUCAGAGUCACAUUUUGUUUGGCAUUUGGACUAUAAGAGCUUGUGUUACUGGAGAUAAUUUGACAAAAAACUGACGAGUGACUCUGUCACUGCCCCAAUGUUCACAGGACAAGGGAUAGCUUAUAAAUAAUAGUGUCACCUUAAGUUUCAUUGGAUUCUAAUUCUGUUGUUGUUGUUGUUGGGAUAUGGACAUAAAUCAAGGAACUCCAAUUCCCCAAUUUGAGACAGAUUUUGAUAGAUUAUUCAAGUGUUUGGCUCCAGUUUAUCUCCUACAAGAGGUUCAUAAAACACCAAGUAGAAAAUGUUUUGCCUAUCAGUCUGUCACUUGGAAAAGGAUGUGUCAUUUGUAAAGUGGGACACUUAGGCUUCUAUUGUUCUAUUAAAGAGCUAUUUAAUUUGACAUUUUAUCCUGGAACCCAAUAUGGUGUUUAAGUGAAUAACAUAAUGAUGCAGGAUUACAGGGCUUUUGCUAGUAUCUCCUUUUACUCCCAGAGAAGGAGUCUUUAUGCUGAGGACACUGGCCCUGAACAGGUUCCCAAGGAGUCCAUGCUAUCAGGCGAUGCUGAGAUCAUGGGCUUUGUCAAGGCUUGCAGAUGUGCCUGCAACUUCAUUAACAUAAUUGAUUAGGAACUAGGACAUAUUUAGUAUUAAUCAAGCUGUUUUUAGUGAGGUUGAUUAUGCACAGUCCUUGAUGCACUAUUUUAGUCUGAAACUUCCUUAGGACCAAGUUGCAAGAAAAUGGCAUUACGUAAAAAGGAAACUGCAUGUGGCACUAACGUAUGCUAUUUGAUUUGAGGAAUACAGAUAGAACAGGUAAAAUGUGGGAGCUUAAACAUAUUUUGCAUUUUUUUUGUUUUAAGAAAGUAGAGCUUAUCUAUACACUGGAUUAUUAAGUUUGUUCACAGGACAUUGGCAACAGUUUAGAAUUUUAACAGAUUUUAAAAAAUCAUGGACCUUGCUGUGAAUGAAACUGCUCUCAUGUCUGUGAGGCCCUUAAAAGCUUCUGUUGUGUUUUCAUGGCACUGAAAACAAGGAAAAUCAGUUUCUCACAGCACACACUUCCUUCUUGGAAAUCUUGGUGUGCUUCUCAAGCUAUUUGUCUCAUGCCUUGAAAAUGUAUCUUGCCGUCCUUUAACUUCGCUCCUCUCCCCACAUCACAUGCUUUGCACAUCAUAAUGAAGUUUUUAUUGCUUUAAAUAUUUGGAUGUGAGGACUGAUUGUAUAUUAAAUCAGUUUUUUCCUUUGACUCCUCCUAUAUUUUUUAGGAUAUGUCUGGCCAUGGAAAGUUGGCUACAAUAGCAUUAAACAAAUCUCAUAUAACAAUCACAUCAUGUAAUCAUUUCUGACAUUGUCAAUUGGCAUUUAAUUAUGGAUAUAACUUAAAAGGGACUAACUUAAAUAUAAUAUUAAUUCUCACAUUCUUUCUAAAACAGUAUUACAUUUUGUGACAGAAUUCCCAUAUCCACUGGGAGCUCUCCUGGGGCUCAAAAGACUGCAGGUUCAAAGAGCCACUAAAGCUACCACUUACCUCAUUAAGAGAGCUUAUCUACUGAGUUCCUCCCCCAAAGAAAUGGCAACUGUUAUAUUAACAUUAGGUUAUUCUUAUGUUUAGCCACUUUAUCAUCAAAUGUUCAUCAGAACUGUAUU